AUGCAUAUGCCUCACCAGUCCUCCGCAGCAUCCCGGGACCCCGCAUCGCUGCAUUCACCAAAUACUGCUCAUCUCGAUCUAAUUGACCUGCACCGCAAGCAUGGCCCGCUCGUUCGUACGGCACCGCACGUCGUCAGCGUUGCCGAUUCAGCAAUGAUACCGCUGAUUUACGGCGCAACGGAGAAAUUCAAAAAGCCUGCUUUCUAUCCUAUCCAAUGCAUUAGCUGGCGGAAGCAACCGGCAAUGAACCUGUUCUCCACUCGGGAUCCCGAACAGCACCGAGUCGAGAAACGCAAGGUCGGCGCCGCGUAUAGUCUAGGCAACCUGCUGGCCAUGGAAGACCAGAUCGAUUCGUGCACUCGACUGUUUUGCGAUCGGAUGGAGGAAGCGAACAAGUCGCCAAUCGAUCUUGGAGCAUGGCUGCAAUACUACGCCUUCAACGUGGUAGGAGAACCCACAUUCUCCCAGAAGCUUGGCUUUCUCGAAGGCGGCCAGGAUGUCGACGGAAUGAUGAAGGCUAUCGAGGGGAUGCUAGCAUACGCAUCAAUGUGCGGCCAAGUACCGUGGUGGCAUAACGUUCUAUUGGGCAAUCCAUUAUUGACGAAGCUCGCACCCGCCAUGGAGCAUUGGAAUCAAGUCUUGAUCUUCACCCUCAAAGCCAUCAACUCUCGCACCGAGCUCCAACGCGACGGAGAGCUGAAUGAUGCUGCAGAGCAAGGUGCCGACAUGCUCAGCCGCUGGCACAAUGUCAAAUCGACGGAUCCGUUGAAGAUGACGACUCGCGAUAUCAUCGUACAUCUCAGCACCAACAAUCACGAGGCAAUGGCCAAGAUGCGGGCGGAAAUUGACGAGGCCGAUGGCAAGGGAUUGCUUACCCAUCCCAUCCGAUACAAAGAGGUCACAGCCCAUCUGCCAUACUUUUGUGCUGUCUUGAAGGAAGCUAUGCGACUUAACCCGUCUGUUGGCCUCAUAAUGGAAAGGCACGUUCCCCCACAAGGAGCAAAUAUCUGCGGCAAAGAAAUCCCAGGCGGCACAAUCGUCGGAAUCAAUCCGUGGGUCCUGAAUUACGACGAGUCAUUGUUCGAACGGCCGGAAUCAUUUGAGCCGUCACGUUGGAUCGACGGGACGAAAGAAGAGCUGCAAGGACGAGAGCAUAUUCUUAGCCUCAACUUUGGAGCGGGCGCUCGGGGCUGCAUUGGCAAACACACCUCCCUCAUUGAGAUGCACAAGAUCCUGCCGGAGAUGUACAGGCGAUUCGACGUCAAGCUCGUGCGUCCAGACGAGCCUUGGAAAACGACGAAUCACUGGUUUGUGCAGCAAGAAGGCUUGAUUUGCACGCUCGCACCACGAGCCCAACAUUGA